AAGCUACACCGCAGGACAUGCUCAUGUCGUCGCUAGAUCACGCUGUUGAUAGUGUGCAGCGCAUCAAGCGCAAGGCGAACCAGAUCAUCGGCAACGUGAAGAAUACAAGAUCUCCGGCAGCGCUGGACUUGGAUGGAAUUGGAGACCUGCACGCCAGUGUGGAGACCUUGCGCCCACUCAUGAAAACUUUCGUACUAAGUUUGUAGUAAGUAUGGCUUUGGUUAUAAUUGAUAUUUGAGUAGGUACGCAUUAUUGUUUGUUUCUGAGCUAGUUUUUAUCGUCUUCCAUCUAGUAUUGUCGCGUAGUGGUAAUCUGGGUGCACUUCUUGAAACAAAAUUAGUCAUGUUGUAUUCCAUCUUGAGUUCCUACCCUGUGUCGUUCUUCAAGUUAUUAGAUCACAAGUGCAUUUUGGCACAGAGAAAAGUUUGGGAAGUCCUCUGGGAGUAAGCUGACUACAUGACUGGACUUCUUUUCUGUGUCGUGGACAAAUCUCAUUAUGAUCAUCUUUUUAACAAGCGAGUGAAAGAUACUUAACGACGAUGCUGCUGAUGUAUGUGUCAUAGAUUUUCUUUGAAAAUUUUUACUUCAAGUGAGUUCUCAUGUAGUUAGAAUGUAACUCGACAGCAUAGUUCUUCAUCUGCCAUGGCAUCGCGGACCUAGUAUUAAUAUCAAUUAUUCAGAGCGACGACUUGAAGUCGAUGCACACUCUAGCGAUUAGCCUACGGUCUGGAUUUUCCGAGGUAGCCGGAGCGCAAAGAAUCAUGAUCCGCGAACUCCGCGAUCAUGCGAAGAACAGAGGAGAUGCAUCACGUAUUUACUGCUUAAAUAGAUUUGAGGUGAAAAAAGUAAUGAGUUUUGCUUUCUACAUCGAACACUGCUCAGGUAACUGAAACUCGACUCCUCCCUGACGGGUAAUUUAGUUGAGGCGAGCACUCGUCUUGCAUUUUCAUAGUCUAGCACAAAUAGAAGUAAUUUUUUUUUCUGUAUUUUUCAGAUGCUAAGAUAAUCGCUAAAAGAGUAUCUUAAGGGUAUAUAAGCUUCGCAUGUGGAGAGGUUCCUUACAAUGGACAUGAUAGGUCUUCCACGGUUUCACCUGCUCAGACUCACCGUAAUUUUCUGUAUAAUACAAAUAGUAUGCGUACAAUUGAUAAUGACUAUGCCCGGAAGGUUGUUUUGACUAGAGAAAAGCGAUCAAGGGGCACAUUCGUAAUGAGGUAGAAGCAAAGAACCUGUAGCAUCAAGAAAUCAUACAUCGACAAACUUCUUUCUGCUACGUAGACAAAUCUGCGCGUCACAUGAUCUAAAAAACAGGUCGCCAUCUCUCAGCAAAGCUAUCAUUUGGCAUCAAGUGUUUUAUCUCAAUAGGUCGCCUCGAUCGAUAUCAGACGGAACUUGAUGAAUUGUUGUCGGAAAAGGAGAAGGGCUUUGCGAGUUUGCUGAAGGAGGUGAAAGACCAAGCGAGUGCUAGUUCUAGCAGCGGAAUGAACCAGCAACAUCAGGCUGCGAGCAGUAGUAGCCAGGUGCCACCGCAACCGCAUGAUGCAAAUAAUCGUGCCUUGGUCUUGCGUCGGCCGGCGCCAGCUCUGGAGUCGCCGCCAAACUCUCGGAGCAGAAAGCGUUCCAAAACCGAUUAA